AGUCUUUGCCGCACCACAAGAAUGGACGACGAGUCAUGUGGAUGAAAACACCACCGUGCAUCCGCCGAAGUGAAAAGUUUGGAGAAAGAUGCGCGAGGAGGAGGAUGACACCGCCGACGCGACUCCUGCGAGGAGUUCGCGCUUUUUCCCGACCAAGUCUGUAGACGUGGCCGAGUGCGAUGCCGCAAAGGAUCACGCGCCCAAACUGUGCGGCUACCUGAACAAACUGGUAAGCAAGGGGCCUCUGAAGGGAUUCAAAACGCGCUGGUUCGUCUACGACCCGAGGAAGUGUUACUUGUAUUACUUCAAGACACCUCAGGACGCUCUUCCUCUUGGCUACAUCGAAAUCGCCGACGCUUCCUUUACCUACGAAGUGGAAGGAGAAGAAGGGCUGUUUGAGAUCCGCACCGCUGGAAAAGAGUUCCUCCUCAAGGCACCCAGCAGGCAGGUGAUGCAAUACUGGCUUCAGCAGCUUCAGCAGAAACGAUGGGAGUUCAGUAACAUGCGAGGAUGUGGCAACCGAGACAGCAUGUGCUCCUCAACCAUGCACUUUCCUCACACAGGCCUGGUGGCCAAAGAUGCUGAUACACUGUCCCCUGAGCUACCUAAUGAAACUAUGGAGAGUGCACGCAAUGAUUUCACAGAGGAGGCAGAUGCUAACUGCUUGGUUGGCCUCCAGAUGGCAAGGAACCAAACAACACAUAAUUUUUCUUUUCGACAGUGGGGCACUGAACUGAGGCACAGUAUGUCUCAUUUGCGGCCCAACCGAGGAGGAGAGAGCAGACGCAGUGUGUUUUAUACACCCACCAAUGAGGAGUGGGAGAUGGUGGAUCCCCCGACUAAGGACACUCCAGAACCUAAACCUCCAGCUGAGAGUCAGCGCCGUGAAAGCCCUUCACACCUACACAGACACUCCAUCGGCUCAGCGUUCACGUUUGAUUUCCGGAAGCGUCCGUUCCAGAAGAACUUGGUUAAAUCGGGCCACAAUGCAGAGACGUCACCGGUGGAGUUUAAUGGCAGUAAAGCAGUGGAGCUGCAACUACGUCUGCACAGCCAAGAGGAGGAGUUGAGGCGCAUGCAGGAAGAGCAGAACCACCUACAAGAUGAGCUCAGUAGUCAGAAGGAACUAGUGCGUCUCCUCCAGCAGACUCUGAGGACUGCUCAAUGUGAGCGCUGGUCAGGAGAGAUGGACAUGGCCGGGGCAUUAUCUGAGCGAGAUAGCCAGAUCCAGGCUCUGUGUGGUCACAUGGAGAGACUGGCACUGGAGAAAGAGAGCUUGCAGCAGGAGCUGAAGGGGUUAAAGAUCAAAGUGGGAGAGAUUAAUGAUCAGUUAGGCAUGCUAAUGGAAACCAUCCAGGCCAAAGAUGAGGUCAUCAUGAAGCUGUCACAGCAGAGCCAGGAAGGGAGUACAGAGGCCGUUGAGUGCAGCUCUCCUUCAUCGCGGGACCUGCAAGAGCUCCAGCAACUGAAGGACAGCCUUCAAGGCUACAAAUCCCAGAAUAAUUUCCUGAACAAAGAAAUCCUUGAAUUGACAGUGUUACGAAGGAAUGCUGAAACUAGGGAGAAAGUCCUGGAGGCGAAGUACAGUGCUCUGGAAGCCAAGCUGUGCCAGGUGGAGAGUAAGUACCUGGUGCUCCUGCAGGAGGUAAAGACUCCGGUGUGCUCCUCAUCCGAGCAAAGCCCAAGCGUAGAUCUCAUAUCUAGGCUGCUGGAGGAUGCUCUGCAGGUGGAGAGUUCUGACCAGCAGGAGCACACGAUUCUCAAGCCCCAUCCUGUCAGUGAGUACGAUGUGUAUGGCUUCAAAACCGUACCGGAGGAGGAGGAUGAGGAAGAGAAGCUGGUAGCCAAAGCUAGAGCUCUAGAGCUCAGGUGUCUCUCUCUGACUGACCAAGAAGUGUCUAUUGGGGUGAAGUGGGAAAACUACCUGGCUAGUAUCAUGAAUAGGGAGAUGGUACGCUCUCCAGAGCUGAAAGCCUUAAUCCGCAGUGGUGUGCCUCAUGUGCAUCGCUCCAAAGUCUGGAGCUGGUGUGUUAAUUUCCACGUGAAGAAGAUCCGUGAGUGCCAGAAGCCAGACUACUAUGAGAGUCUGUUGUGCACAGCAAGGGAAAAAUCUAACCCAGCUUCUAAACAGAUUGAACUGGACCUGCUGCGCACACUGCCCAAUAACAAGCACUAUGCCUCACCUUCAGCUGAUGGCAUCCAGAAACUCAGAAAUGUGCUGCUGGCUUUCUCCUGGAGGAACCCUGACAUUGGCUACUGUCAGGGACUUAACAGGCUAGCAGCCAUAGCUCUUCUCUAUCUGGAGCAAGAGGAGGCUUUCUGGUGUUUAAUCACCAUUGUGGAAGUUUUCAUGCCACGAGACUAUUACACCAAGACGCUACUCGGCUCACAGGUGGACCAGCGUGUGUUUAAGGACCUGAUGAGUGAGAAGCUGCCAAGACUUCAUGCACAUUUUGAGCAGUAUAAAGUGGACUUCUCCCUAAUCACCUUUAACUGGUUCCUGGUGGUGUUUGUAGACAGUGUGGUCGGUGACAUCCUCUUCAAAAUAUGGGAUGCUUUUUUUUACGAAGGACCCAAGAUCAUUUUUCGCUUCGCCCUCGCUCUCUUCAAGUGCAAAGAGGAAGAGUUUUUGAAGCUGCAGGACCCCAUGGCCAUUUUUAAGUAUCUUCGAUACUUCACACGAACAAUUCUAGACGCAAGAAAGCUGAUGAACAUGGCUUUUGUUGACAUGAACCCAUUCCCAUUAAGGCAAAUCCAAAACCGUCGCACUUUUCAUCUGGAGAAGGUUCGACUGGAGCUCACGGAGCUGGAAGCCAUUCGCCAGACAUUCCUACGUGAGAGAGAGACCUCCCAAAACGGACGCACGCUUAUCAGUGAUGAUGAGGAGGACAACUAAAUCAAUGACAAAAUCAAUAAAUCAAGACAGCAACACCACAUACAUCUGUGUGAGACAGUGACAUAUCUUUUUUUUUUCCCUCUCUCUGUCUUUCCAGUUGCACAAAACAUUUUGUUUAUAGAGAUGCGGUGUUUGGGGCAAAUAUUUCUGGUAAAGCAAUCUGGAUUGUGGACUUGCUUGCAUUGUGGUCCACAUGUGGUCAACACAUUAUGUUCAACAGUAUCUUUCCGUCCUGUUCCUUUUCAAAAGCUGUCAGCGAUGGUUGAUCUUUUGAUAUUGUUAUCUUACAGAUAAACAGUCUAUAGAUUAUUAAGGGAGAGUGUUUUUUUUUUUUUUUUACUUUAGAUAACUUUGAGCUUUUACAUGUCAUACUGAACAUUCUGGUCAGAUGCACCAGUGUUUUACAGUCAAAUUUACAUGUUUCACUUUUGCAUUUAUUGAUUGACUGUCAGUUGUUUACUUCUUAUAUUAUGCUCAUAAUAGCAUUUUUGAUAAUCAUGUUCUUUUAUUCAUUCAUCUCCAGUACCAUUUAUUUACGUCUGUAGAUUCCGAUCCUAUCAUGGGAACAUGGACAUGAGACAGGAAUAUACCCUAGAUAGGCUGUACAGCACAGACAAAUAUAUAAGUUAAAAGUAGACAGAUAAAUGCUUUUGUGAGAUUUAUACCCCAGAGAAAACCAACAGGAACAUGGGGAGACUAUUCGAACACACACAUACAUUAACUUGAGCUCAUAAUUGAACCUCAGACCCCAGAUCUGUAAGGUGCCACCAUGACACCCAUUAAUCCUAUUAUGCUUGUGAAAUUCAAUAUUUCAGGUUUUGAUUGUCAUGAAAUUUUCUUGGUACUUCUAUUGCUGUUUUCAUUUCCUUAUAAAGCACUUAAAUCACUUUAAAUUAUGGAUACUUAACUACUUCCCUCAACAGGGAAGCUGAACCUGAGAAGUAGCGAAUUUUCUCAUGUGUGUGCAUGAAGUAUCUGCAAAAGCUCAGUGAAAAUUUCUGUCUACAGUCAUGUGAUGACACUUAGCUGCUGGAAAACAAUCCUUGGACAAUGCAUAUCAUUUCGUCUGUCAGAGCCAAGCUGCUUAUUUUCUGCUUGAGUGACAUUUAUUUGUUAGCAAUCAGCUGGAUUUGGACCAGUUUGAAUUUUCAGGCUUCAGCCAUAUAUCCCAUGCUGCUUGUGUUGUGUAUUAUUUUAAUGCAUAGUAGAGCUUCAGUACAAGACUCAUUUUAGAUAAUUGGCAGUUGUGGCCUUAAAUUUUAAUACAGCAUUGCGAAUGAAAGUUAGAACUGAAAAUAAGUUCUGAACCUGACCAAGAAGCUUGCAUUUUGGUAGUGAUUGAGUGGUACGAGGUUUACCACCUUCUUCCACACGGAACAGUAUUUAGUCAAUUUUUUUAAAUAAUAAUGAUCUUUUAUUAUGUGCAACAUUUGAUUCACAUUCCAUUCCUCAUGCACAUUGCCUGUUUUUAGCGGUUAAUUCCAUUUAAAAAUCAAGGUACAUGUUAAGUGCCUGAUUUUCACUGAUACAGUGAAAGUGUAUUACUGCCCUUUUAUAAUGCUGGCUUUAUUUUUGAUGUUAUUCGCUUGUUGUUGUUUUUUUUUUGUUUUGAUUUGUUUUUUAUAAACAAAUCUGAUUUGAUUUGCAUUUGUGACAUGUAUACUUGAUAUGUGUCAGUGUUUUUCCACAGGUUAUAUUACAGGUUGCCCCCUCCACAAAUGUUUUAUCUUUAAUUUCAUGAAACUGUAUUUGAUUUGCUACAGCUCAGAAAAAAGAAAUCAAUUGACUCUUAAUUCCAAGCUGGGAAUGUUUUCACUGAGAGCUGGUCUCUUAGAAUGCCAUUUAUGCUUUCGGCAUUUUUGUAGGAUUUUGAGCAGACCUAAAAAAUUUCUAUAGUGUACUUCAGGGAUAAAAUGACUUUUUAUAUCUACAUUCCCUACAUUAUAAGGAUUCCACUUUACAUGAAGUACAUUUUCACUGCACUACCCAUAUUUUCCAAAACUGGCAACAUUCCUAUUUUUUCUUUACCAUUUAAGUAUUUUCUAUACGAAUUUCAUCAUGUAGACCUUGUUUUUUUUAAGCAGAUAUAUUUUUACAUUAUCUAGUAUAGAUUUUUCACUGUUUUCAUUGAAUAAGCUAGUAUUUUCACUUCCAUCCUUAUGGCUCAGUAAUGCAUUGCACCUCUAUGUUUGCAUAAGUGCAUAUCUUCUUCUAUACAUGAAACCUUUUAGAAAUCAUGUAAUGCAUUUAAAUGAAUCAAGUAUUUCAUAGUGUAAUCAUUGUUUUUCUUGUCGAAUGGCCUGAUCAAUAAAUUUCAUUACCAUAAAGUGCA